CAACGAAAGAAAUGACGUUUGAGCGGUGCGCUGUUUACAAAAAUGAACGGCUCAUUUUCUUGCACUUUUUUGUACUGAAGAAAAGAAAAGCAGCCAUAUUGAAAUUUGGAAAUAGUCGUGAUUCUUCUCCGUUCUGCCGUUUCCGUCGCGUAUGUUUCUAAUAAUUCCGGGUAUACUUCCGUGUUCCGCCUCAAAUAAUAUUCCGUGCACAACUGUCCCAGAUCUGUUAGAUUCUGCUCUGCUUCUGUAGUUUAUAUUUCGAUUGAUUUUGCCAUCUCCGUCGCGUAUGUUUUUCUGUAGUUCCGCGUCAUUAUUGUCCGAUACCAAUCAUUGUUUAUGGACCAUUGCUCCUGAUCCGUUCGAGGCUACAUCCGGUUUUCCUAAAUUGAGUUUUGUGUGCCAGGGGCCGUACACCUUUCCCAACAUCUUCGGCGAUAUACCAUACGUUCGUGCCGUUCCCCGGGUCUCUGUAACAGGCAGAUUCGACCAGUAAAGUCAAGGUGUCACACUUCCAACUUUCCGAGUGAUCCGUUUUCUGGCAGCUUUACCGUUGGAGAUUGCGCUGCUUUGCCGUCUGAGUCAUCCCUUUGUGCCAUUUUUACCGUUGGAUGCCGCUUCCGAUUACUCGCUAUUUCCCUAAUUGUGUUGUGUGUUCCAGUUGCCGUACACAUUUUCGAACAGCGUCAGUGAUAUACCGUACCAUCCCCAGAUUUCUGCAGCAGGCAGAACCGCUUAGAAGAAGAAGAAGAAGUACACCUAAUCAGUAAAGCCAAAGUGCUCUUCCAACUUCUCGAGAAAUUCGUUUUCUGGCAGAUUCGCCAUUGGAUUGAUUGAGUUUAUUGCGCUGGUUUGCCAUCCAAGUCAUCGCGUUUUACCGUUGGAUUACGCUUCCGAUUACUUGCGCUUUCGCAAAUUGAGUUUUGUGGACCAGCUGCCGUACACCGUACGCGUUGGCGAUAUACCAUACGCUGAUACCAUUCCCCAAGUACACCUGACCUGUAGAGUUGAAGUCAAACUUUCCGGAUGAUCCGUUCUCUGACCGUUUCACCGUUGGAUUCUUUGAGCUGACUGAGCUGUUUUGCCGUCCGGGUCAUCCGUUUCUGCGAUUUUAUUCGUUGGAGUAAAACCGAAUUACUACUUUUCAGCUAUUCGCGCUUUCCCAAAUUGAGUUGAGUGCCCCAGCUGUCGUGCACCUUCCCUAACAGUGUAGGCGAUAUACUAUACCUUGGUGCCACCUCUGUAGAACCGACCAGAGGUAGCAGAAGAACACCUGACCGGCGAUCGCGAUCUUUUCCAGCUUAUCGAGCCAACCGUUUUUUUUUGGCAGUGCCACUUUCUGCCACUUUUCUAAGUUUUGUACACCAGCUGCCUACACCAACCCUAACAUCGUUGACGAUAUACAUAACGUGGGGCCAUCCUCCAGGUCAUUGUAGCAAGUAGAAUCGAGCAGAGGAAGAAGCCCUCUAGAAUCGAAGUCCUCGUACAUUCCGAGUCACUUGGUUUCCGGCAGUGUUGCUCUUGACUUGUGUGUGCUGAGUUUCUGCUCGGCUUGAAUUUGAUUAUCUAGAUCUGAAUAACCUAUGUGCAUUUUUUCCGACGUAUUUUUGUGUUUUGAUAGUAAGCUCCUGCAAAAUCUGUUUUCAGCUGCAAAUCUGCCUAUGACUGAAAUCCACCGAAACUAAAUAGGAUUGUGACCAAGUUAUAUACAGAGAAAAAAGAUAAUUCCGCCUACUCCCGAUUCCAAAAAAUAUUGACAUCGCAAGAAUGACUAAAAAAUGUGUUGUACCUGGAUGUGGAGCAAAUCAUAAAACAGAUGGGGCUGAGUUUUUCCGAUUUGCAACGGUCCUAGCCUCUAUCCCAGUACUAUCUGCCCAGCGAUCGCAAAAAUGGAUUCAGGCUUUAGGAUUUCGAUCACAGUAUAAUACAAAUAAUAAAGUUAUAUGCAAUAAGCAUUUUGUUCUUGGAAAACCCUCCAAAAUCACCGAUGUGCAGAGUGUCGAUUGGAUUCCCUCUGUUGCCAUGCCAGUCCUUGUUGCAAAUACAUAUGUUCCUCCUGACGACAUUGAAAAUUCAUAUCAGAGCAAUCGUGCCGGUAUGCAAAAUCCUGGUACUGCCAUCGACAUUUGUUACUCCAAUAACACACAUGAUCUCUGCAAUGAUUUGAAUCAUCAGCCAACUGAGAUUGGUAACAGCAGUCAAUCAAAUUCAUCACAAGAGCCGUUGAACGCUGGACCAGUGGCAUGUCACUGCAAAACAAACGGAACACGCCUAGAAAUGGAAAUUUUGCGUCUGCAAAAAACUGUGGAUAAUCUUCGAAAUCAACUUCUCAAAGAACGCCGAGGAUUGACAUGGCUUACGUGUGAUGACAUGUGCAACAGAUAUACCGGGAUAAGCCAGCUGAGUACUCUUGAACGACUGUAUAGAUUCGUGGAACCCGCGUUGUUCGUACCGGUAAACAGUCAAUUAUCGAAAGAUGAACUAUUCGUACUAACACUUCGAAAGUUACGUCGAAAUACGCCUUUCAGCGAACUAGCUGACGAAUAUUCAAUUUGCCCAAAUACUGCAUCAAAGUUCUUUCAUCGCACAAUUUUCAUCCUAUUUGAUAAUCUCAAAUGGUCUGUAUCUAUCCUCCCGAAAAGUGUUGCUCUAAGGCAUAAUCCUCUUAUUUUUCAACGAUAUUUCGGUAGAAGGAGAAUUUUCGUUAUAGAUUGUUUUGAAGUAUCAUCAGAAACACCAAUCCAGACAAGAGCUGCGAUUGCGCACCAUAGCUCAUAUAAAUCGCGUCACACAACCAAGUUCCUAAUUGCAAUGAAUAGUAACGGGAGCGUAGCGUUCAUAUCACAAGCCUAUGGAGGACGAUGCUCCGAUCGUUUUAUUGCAAAAGACUGCGGAUUUCUAGACAUACUCGAACAAGACGAUGUAGUCCUAGCGGACAAGGGAUUUGACAUUAAAGAUAUGAUUGCUUCGAAAGGAGCAAUUUUAAACAUUCCUACCUUUCUACGAAAAGAUGUACAAAUGAAUCCUCUAAAUAUGGAGCAGGACAAACAAAUAACAUGUUUGAGGGCGCAUGUUGAACGACUAAUUGGUGUUCUUAAAUCUAAAUAUACAUAUUUGAAAGGACCUAUCACAGUAAACGCACUAAGGAGAGCCGAGAAUAAUCAAAACUCGAUAGAUAUUAUUGUACAACUUACAUGUGCUCUGAUUAAUUUUAAUCCGUCUAUAAUAAAGUUUUAAAAGCAAAGAA